AUUCAUCCUCUAUCAUGGAAGCUGGUCAACGUGUGGAUUUAUCUCGAGAGGAAACGAAUGUAAGUCCCAAGGCCGAGAGAGAAAAGAACCCAACAUUUUCAAAUAUACUUGACAAGACCUCUCCAGACUCUGGUGCUAAUUGUAAAGGUAAAUCAUACUGUGAUUUGGUUUAUCCAAAAACAUAUGAGGAAAAUAGCCAGCAUAAACAACAAGCCAGUGGUCCAGAUGUGAAUCAAAGUGCCAAAACUUCAAAAAUUAUAGAGAGCUACAAUGUAGAGACGUCUAAGGAAGAAAACGACAUUUCAAUAACCACUAGUUCUACGAAGGAUACGUUUCACCUCCACGAUGAAAUUGUUGUUCCCCUAAAACGUGACAAUACUGAUUCCCCUGUUAGCUUUACUGAGCUCCUGAGAACCAACAAUAAAGUGGGGUGUGAGGUUGAUUUUCUCCCUGAGACCAAUGAAGCAUUGAUGGACAAUAAUGAUUUGAUAUAUAACCAUGAUUGUCCUGGUAAAGUUCCUGAAUUCGUGACAGAUGAUAAAAACGUGAAACAUAAUUAUGACAUGCCUGGAAGAUUACGUGGAUCAUUGACAGAUAAAACUAAUUUGAAGCAUAUGGUUGAUUUGCCUAAUGAAUCAGGGGAUUCUCUUUUAUCUGAAACUAGUGCAACAGAUGUUAUUGACCCCCCUAACGACAUACCUCAAACUAUGAAAGUGAACCACACAGAAAAGGCCAAGGGCGAGUCUGAAAACAGUGAGAAAAAAUGUGACGAAGUAAAAGAAAUUAGCAAUAGUGAGGGUCUUCAAAAUAACCUCGCUGAUGUUUCUAAAAAAACCGGUAAAGAGUCUCGGAGCUCAGAUGCCAGCUGUGCACAGGUAAAGUCAGAAAAAGAGAAAAAAAGAAGUCGAAUGAAACAUCUGCGGCCAGAUGCACGGACAACCUGGAGUAUCACAGCGGUUCGAGGGAAAGUGACAGAGAGGUGUUUGUGGGCAGCAUGCAAAGCGCUGACCUCGGGAUUGGUGCUUAUAUUAGUUGGCUCUGGAAUGGCUACAAUAGGCUUUUACUCUGACCACCUUUCCAAGAUGGAAGAAAAAAGGGGAAAUACUACCAUUUUAGUCACUAAUAAAAAUCGAAAUUACCACUUGACGAGUCUUACAUACCUGGGUCCUAUUGUGAUGGGAAUUGGGGGAUUUAUCAUUGUUGCUGCUUGUGUCAUGACUUUCGAAGCUCGUGAUACAGCUGCUAAGAUUGUGCCUGUUUGGUUUCGUAAGACAAGGGUACAUGCUGCCAAGGGAGACAGUCGAGUAGCAUCAGGCCGUUCAAGCGAAACAUCGUGGGAACGAUUCUUAGCUCAACCUACUGCGACUAAAAGUAAUGACAACAACGAUCGUUCUGCUGUAACUAGAGCAUUAAUCAACUUCAGUAAGUAUCUCCAAACUAGCGUUGAUUCCUCCAAGCUUCUCGGAGAAGGCAAGUCUGGAAUUCACAAAUGUCCUUCUGAACCUUCUUUUCCAAAGUUGUACAGUCAUCCAAAUAGUGCCCAAGGUCAAGAGCACGAGGCCCUUCUGAAAGAUCGGGACACCCUUACUGUCCCCAAGUCAGACCAUUCGCCAGGAGACAGAUCUUCUAGAAGUAUGAUGGUCGCUGGUGUUAAACCACGCACUCUAACUACUGCUUCACAUCUUUAUCGUCAAGCCAUUUCUAUGGACUGUCCAAGACCAAUACUGAAGCGACACGUGUCUCAUGAUGUGGGGGCAGUAGAAAGCACAGCACGUUCUCCUAGUUUCAGAGAAAAUGUUUCCUUUGAAGAAACCCCUAAAGCAGUGCUUCAUGACCCAAAAGAGAAGCAUAAUGAAUCAAAUGACUCUAUGUCCAUGGAUUUGUACUUGCCUAACAAAUCAGUGAAGCUCAAGGUCUGUGAUGAAUCUAAAGGACAAAAAACACGGAAUAGAUUAUCUCCCAGAAAACUCACAUUUGAAGAUGGCUUUAAAAGUCACAGUAUGGACUCCAGAGAUCGUCUCCCUGUAAGAAAUUCUUCUUACAUGGAAAGUCAUCAUCCGAGAGCAUCAUCAGCAGGGAGUUUUCGAAACUUAACAGGACAAUCACUUGGAAGACCCAUUGCUAGUCCUAGAUUUUUAACCACUAGUGUCCACCAUAGAGGAUUCUCUGACAGCAUCUCCAGCGAAAGUUUACAGGUUCCAGAAACUUGUAUGUCAUCUGGUGAAGUAUUUUUGUCAUACUCAGCAGGAAGUUCUCGGUGUCCUAGCAUUGAAAGUACAAUAAUUGCUACUUCCACUGACAGAUUGCACAAACCUAUCUUUCACUCCCCUCGACUCGUACAUCGCCAAGAAACAGCGCCAGCUUCCAGCGACAGAAAGACAGACUUUAAGCUCGGACAUACCCAAGCACGUGACCUACUUCGUAGGGAAACAGCUCCAGCUAAACGACACCCAUUCCUCCGACAGAGAGCGCUGGAUACAUACAGUGAAUGCGAAAGUAAAGAAAACCUCAAUACUCACUGAAGAAGAAUGAGAAAGGAAACCAGCUGAUAUUCGUUUAACGUUGUUUAUAAUUUUCAACACCUUAUACUGCUCAAGCAAAUCAUGUGACCUUGCUCAACCGCAUUUGACAGGCCCGAUAUCUCUGUGAUGGUGAUUGCUAUAUUCGUGAUGGUGAUUGCUAUAUUCGUCCCUUCUGCUAAAAUAUAGUCUCUUCUGAAAAACUACUGAAAAUUAACCUUCACUCUUUGCCAGCUCUUUUCCUGAAUAAUACACAUGGAUUUAUAUAUAUCUAUAUAUUUAUACAUAAUAUUUUCAUGUUUAACUGUCCGUAUAAAAAACAAACCUUAGACCUAGAAGCCAUAUAGUUUAAGUAAGUAAAAAAUAACUGAUUCUACUUAUAGAUAUUUGUAGCUUUCAUUUAGGAAUGUGUUACUAAGCUGAAUAUGGAAUAUUUAGCAUUGGAAACAUACAUAAGAUAUUUCGAUGACGAGGAACCCACUUUGAGACUAAUAAUGCUUGGAGACUGCUUG